AUGGGCGAAACAGAUACAGCUGCAGCAAAGCCUGGAAUACCGGCUGCAAGAGCCGAUCAAAAAAGUGCAAGUCCUAAAUCAAGCAUUGAACAGCUCUCAGUACAACUUUUGGAACAGACUGAAAAAAAUUCGACAUUGGAAAAUGAGAUGUUGAAAUUGAAGAGAUAUAAUGAAGAGCUUCUGCGGCGGAUUCAUGAUAGUCGAAAGCAGCAGGAGGACAGUGACCGGGAAGUUCAAAAAUUGAGUACUGAGGUGGAAGAAUUGAGUGCGACACUUUUUGAUCAGGCAAAUAAUAAGGUGAAGGAAGCAAAUGUCCAGGCAAAUGACUUCAAGGUGAGAAAUGGGAAGUUAAUAGAGAGUCUCAAGCAGAAAGAUAUGGUGAUUGAUGUGCUCAAGAAGGAGCUAACGCAACUUAAGGAUAUGUUGACUCAUUUGUCAAGCAAUCAGCCAAAUGGAAAUGGAGAUGCCUCAAGUUCGUUAAGUGAAGCCGAUAAGUCAUCGGGAAAUUCUGUGGAGGAUAAUAAUUUGGGAGAUGCUUCAUUUACAGCAGCUUCUUUGCAGAAGUUCAAUGGUCAAUUGAUAUAUUCUCCUUUGUACAAUCAGUUGCGUUUUGAUUUGCAGUCUUUCAACCAAUUUCGAAGAGCCCUUGCCUCUACCACAAAACCUUUCAGCAUAAGAGAUUCCAGUUUUUUCCGUACCAUUCUUGCCGAGGACGUGGAGCCAGUUCUCAGAUUGGAUUUGUCACCGGCUGUGAAAUUCUAUAGAAGAAGGUCCUUUAUUAUAAGUCUUAUGGACAGUAAAGUGACGAUUGAGCCUUUAAGUGCUUACACUGAGGUGUGGAAGUCAAACAAUCUUUCCCAGGCUGCACUCCCUGCAGAAAAAUCGGCUUUUUCUUCGAAUAAAGGUUUAGAGCAAGGUGUAAAACCCGAUCCAAAGCUUUUCAGAUAUGAUACAGAUAGGCCUGUUGCAGUUGAGGAGAAGUGCUCUCUGUGUGGGGAGAAGCGGAAAGAGAUGAAUUUUGCACGCUUGUAUAGGCUUAAGAUUAAGGAUUAUGCGUAUACUAUUUGCAUUUCGUGUGCUAAUAAGCUAAGAUGUACGGUGGAACUUCUAGGGUACUUGAAAAGCCUUAAGCAGAGUGUUUCGAUGGAUGAGGUUGCAUCCUUGUGGUGUAAAUUGACUGAGUUACGUGCCAAAUUGUACUUCACGAAGUUCGGAUUGUGGUGUGAGGCUGAUAAGUUUGGACUUGUUUACGGAUGGAAGAAUCAGUGGUGGAAUCAGGAAGAAAGCCAACAGUUCUCUGGUAAUAUGUCAGAGAUUCCGGCUUCAAGUGCUGCUUCAAUUUCCGGAAAUGACACUACUAAUGAAAGUGUGAAUGAGGAAAAGUACGAAAAGAACGAAAAGAAUGAAGAUAACGAAAAGGAUGGAAAGAACGAAAAGUAUGAGAAUAACGAAAAGAGUGGAAAGAGUGAAAAGAACAAAAUCAGUGGGCAGCAGCUCGAAAAUGAGGCCGAGAAAGAUCUUCUAUCAGAGGAAGCUGACACGACUAUAAAUGAAUCUAAGCAGAAUCCUGUACUUGAAGCAAAAGCAAAUGAAAUAGCUGAAUCAAGCAUAUAUGAAUCCAAAACGGACAAGGGUAGUAAAGAGAAUUUGCAUAAUAACGGGGAGAUGGUAGAAGAUAGCACGAAUGUCAAAGAGAAUGUUGUUGUUGAAGAUAAGGCAAAGGCUGAAGAAAAAUCGGAAAAUGAGAACAUCUCAAAUGUCCAACCGGCAAGUACGAAUGAAUCGGAUAGAAAAUUAUCUUCCGAAUCAGAGGAUGCAUUUAAUGAUGCUGUUGAGUAG